AUGAUCAACCAUCCAGUAAAUCAAUCAAAAAUUAUUUGGAGAGAGAAAUUACCAGCGGUCAUUGUUGAUCUAUUGUCCGUUUUUGAAUUGAUUCUGACUUUAACCAUUGUCGGUUGUCAAAUAGGUGGUGAUUUUGUAGAUGCUGCGCGAAUGAAUGUUUUCAUUGGAUAUUGGACAUUUCCAUCUUUUAUGUGUGCAUGGAUAGCACUUUCAGGGGCAGGUUGUUGUUGUCGAACUCGUUGUUGUGGUAUAACAGCACUUGUUUUUCAGUGUAUUGCUAUCCCAUUUGCGUUAUCUCUAGUUGGUUUAGAUGCUUAUUUCUUGAAUAAUCCAACUCAAUGUUUUUUUUCAAACAGUUGCAAUUCGGAUUCCUCCUCAUCAUAUUCUGGUUAUUAUCUAAGCAAUUACACAACAUUGUAUGAAAUCAAAGUACCGUUAGUUAAAGGUCAAUUGGCAGCCGGUGUGUUAAUGUUUGUAUCAUGCAUGAUCUUUAUUGUCAUUUUUGCUGUGACAAGCUAUCGAGUAAAGAAAGUCAUGCAUUACCAAAACUAUUCAGCACCAACCGGAGGCAUGCCUUUAACACAUCAACAGGGACCUUACAGUACGAAUCAGAAAUAUGCCGUACCUCUUAAUGCAGGUUAUGCCACCCCAUCGACCAUCAAUCCUCCAAUAGCAUCACAUCCUGGUGCUCAUAUUCAACCGCGAACUCCUCCGAUGAACCAUAUCAUCUGUCCUAACUGUCAGUCAAUGUUUGAAGUAACUACUUAG